AUGUCCCAAAACAUCCCUCAAAAGGGCAAUGCGCCCGCACCAACCCCACAGAACACCCCCGCCAACAAUGCACCCAUCUCAUCGCACGCCCAGGCACCGGGUAUCAGCAGCAUCAAAGAGGAGGACCUAGACCGUGCAGCAGCAGCUAGCAUCUUUGCGCAAAACCCACGCCUCGUCUCCAUGAUGCAGAACAAGCUGUCGAGUCUCGUCGGCAAGUCGUCGGGAUAUGUUGAGUCGCUACCGGCCCCAGUACGGAAGCGAGUCGCCGGCCUGAAGGGUGUGCAGAAGGAGCACUCCAAGCUCGAGGCCGAGUUCCAGGAGGCCGUCCUCGAGCUUGAGAAGAAGUUCUUCGCCAAAUUCACCCCACUGUACGAGAAGCGCGCUAAGAUUGUCAACGGCGAGGCCGAGCCCACCGAGGAGGAGGUCCAGGCUGGUGAGGAAGAUGAGGAAGAAGACGAGGAGGCCGAGGCCGAGAAGGCUGAGGCGGACAAGAAUGCUGAGGGCAAGGAGAUGAAGGGUAUCCCGGAGUUCUGGCUCAGCGCCAUGAAGAACUCUUCGCUCGCCGAGACUAUCACCGACCGUGACGAGGAGGCCCUCAAAUUCCUGACCGACAUCCGCAUGGAGUACCUCGACAGACCCGGCUUCCGUCUCAUCUUCGAGUUCACUGAGAACCCAUUCUUCACCAACAAGACCAUCUCGAAGACCUACUUCUACCAAGAAGAGAAUGGCUAUGGCGGCGACUUCAUCUACGACCAUGCAGAAGGUGACAAGAUUGACUGGAAGGCUGGCCAGGAUCUAACUGUUAAGGUUGAGAGCAAGAAGCAGAGGAACAAGAACACCAAGCAGACCCGCAUAGUCAAGAAGACUAUCCCAACACCAUCAUUCUUCGACUUCUUCAACCCAGCUACACCGCCAGAGAAUGACGAUGAUGAGAUUGACGAGGACAUCGAGGCCAAGCUUGAGCUCGACUACCAAUUGGGCGAGGACAUCAAGGAGAAACUGAUCCCACGUGCCAUUGACUGGUUCACUGGCGAGGCGCUGCAGUUCGAGCAGGGCAUGGAUGACUUCGACGAGGACGACUUUGAGGACGAGGAUGAUGAGGACGAGGACGAUGACGACCGGGAUGACGACGAAGAGGAGGAGGACGACGAUGAGGAGGACGGCAACCCAAAGUCGAAGCAGGAGGCUGCUGAGUGCAAGCAGAGCUAA